AAAUUGAAAAUGAGAGAAGUCGAGAUCUGAUGACCUUCUUUUAUCUGGAUUUCGUUCGUCGAGUUCUUUAUCUGGAUUUCACGGAGCUCGAUUGAGGUAGAGUUUUUCAAGUGAUUGAGUGAUUUUGGUAACUAAUCAACAUGGUUGGUCAUUGUGGUGCUUGUUGUGAAGGUGUUCGAGGGAUUUAUAUGAAGUCUGCUUCUGCAGAUUCUACUGAUUUCUUUGCGGUCAGACCGGAAUGUCAAGAUGAAGUCCCAAAAACCAAAUUUAAGAACAAGCCUGGGAAAACUCUCAGUGCUAGAAAGUGGCAGUCUGCAUUCUCUCAAGAUGGUCAUUUGGAUAUAGCGAAAGUGCUUAGCCGAAUACAACGGGGGGGCAUUCAUCCAUCAAUCAAAGGGGUAGUUUGGGAGUUUUUAUUGGGAUGCUAUGAUCCAAAAAGCACGUUCGAUGAACGAAGUCUACUCAGGCAACGCCGGAGGGAGCAGUAUGAAAUGUGGAAAUCUGAGUGCAAGAACAUGGAGCCAACAAUUGGUAGUGGAAGGAUUAUCACGGGACCUGUCAUCACUGAAGGUGGGAUACCAAUACAAGAUCCUUCAAGUUCUGACUUGAACAAUGAAGGUCCAGGGACACCAACUCCUGAUAUAUCUCCAAGACAUGACGGUUCAACCAGCCCUUCACCUGUUGAUUCUGUAGAAAAGAAAGUUCUACAGUGGAAACUUACCUUGCAUCAAAUUGAUUAUUUUUGGAGAAUAGGUUUGGAUGUGGUUCGGACAGACCGAGCUCUUAUCUUUUACGUGAAUGAUUCUAAUUUGGCAAAGCUCUGGGAUGUUCUUUGCGUUUAUGCAUGGAUAGACACCGACAUUGGUUACUGUCAAGGAAUGAAUGAUCUCUGCUCUCCCAUGGUAAUUCUUCUCCAAAAUGAAGCAGAUGCAUUUUGGUGCUUUGAACAUUUGAUGCGUAGAAUGCGGGGAAACUUCAAGACCUCAGUGAGUUCCAUUGGUGUCCAAUCACAGUUGAGUACACUUGCAGAAAUAAUUAAAGUUGUGGAUCCAAAACUGCACCAACACCUUGGAAGCUGUCAUUGUCCCUAUUUUAAAGUUUGUUUAUUGAUGGUGCUAAGUCACAAGGAACUAAGUAUUAACCAUACCAGGGAUUAUGAUUUCCAGAACAUAGAUGGAGGGGAAUAUUUGUUUGCAUUCCGAAUGCUGAUGGUACUUUUCCGUAGAGAGCUCUCAUUCAUGGAUGCAAUCUACCUUUGGGAGUUGAUGUGGGCUAUGGAAUAUAAUCCAAACAUCUUCUCACAAUAUGAGGACCCAAGCACAACUACGAAUAACGGUGCCGCAUCCAAGGGAAAAGACAAGCCGCUAAAGCAAUAUGGCAAAUUUGAGAGGAAAAUUGUAAAGAGUAGUUCACUUGAUCAACAAGCUGCUUUGUCUGUUUUCCUUAUGGCGGGUGUUCUUGAGGCCAAGAAUAAGCGUUUGUUGAAGGAGGCUACCGGUCUGGAUGAUGUUGUCCAGAUCCUGAAUGAUAUAACUGGAAAUUUAGAUGCAAAAAAGGCAUGUCGUGAGGCAUUGAAGGUCCACAAGAAGUACUUGAGCAAGGCUAAGAAAUCAUAGGUAGUGUUUCAAGCCAUCACUUUGUUUCAGGACUUCUUGACACUAAUUUAGCUGUAGUUGCUUA